UGUCGACAACAAAUUUCACCAGAGGUGGAACACUGCCGAAAACAUCUGAAGAACUGCUAUGCUCCCCCUCUUUGGUGGGUGGGCUUCAACCAGCAUCUUUCGCAUCAGUCAACAUUCUCCUCUCCAUCACAACAUUUCUUAGCAAUUCUCUAUCCUUGUUGCCCUUCACAAGGAAUCUGCCCUCCAUGCGCCGUCCAAACUCUUGUAUCGUUGUCUGAUCUUUUGGUUGGUCUUAUUGCUCAGCCUCUCUAUGUUACCUUUUGGAUGUCCGUGGUUCACGAACACUGGACUCUUUGUUAUUACGCAGAGACAGCAGCCUACAUCAUAGGCUCAGCAUUAUGUGGAGUUUCUUUGUUGACGAUGGCGGCAAUAAGCGUGGACAGACUUCUCCGCGCCCUGUUGGCAGGGCUGAGAUACAAAGAGAUUGUAACUUUGAAUAGUGUUUGUAUCAUUAUAGCUAACUUUUGGGUUUUAUGUCUUGUCGCCUCUUUAUGCGCCAUUUUCGAUCGGCGUAUAAUCACUUUGUGUGCCCAGAUAUUGAUACCACUUUUGCUGCUUAUUUCACUCGCCUCGUACACAAAGAUAUUUCGCACUCUUAGAAAUCAUCAGGCACAAGAACAAGAUCAUGUUCAACAACAGCCGAACCAUCCAAGUGCACUGAACAUGGCGCGAUACAGAAAAGCAGUGUACAGUGCUCUGUGGGUACAGUCAGUAUUAGUUGUUUGUUACACACCAUACCUUAUUGUGAGAAUUGUUCUCACUUAUAGUACAACAUACUCAUCACAAUUAGGCGUCGUAUUGGCAAUGGACGUUAUAUUAGUUUUCUUUAACUCGACGUAAAGAAAACGUAAAGACAAGCAAUGAAGCAAACAAUCAGACAAGCACUUUGCUGUCCAUGGAGUUAGACCAUCUUACUCACAGCAGUCAAACACUGUGCAUGCAUGUGUUUUGGAAAGAAUAGGAGGGAUUUGCAAACGCGCGUAUUACGUGAAGUGAAGAAGGAAAGGUUAAAUUCCUAUCUUUUCCAAAUUGAAUGCGUAAUACAGUUGAAAGAGGGUUUUCGGAGAAAGCUUAAAUCUUGGUCUUAUUUAAUGUUGAGAUAUAUCAACUUAUUUUUAACGCAGAUGCCUUGUUUCGACGAUGAAGGCAAAUUACAGAACCUUUCUUCUACCUUUGUCAGCACGGCCAAGCUUACGACUUCAUCACGCCGCCAAGCAAAGUGUAAAAAAAAAGUACGAGAGUGAAAACUAGAUCAACAAUGUGUAUAAUUCUAGGCCUUUGCUUCUCAGCUAUUUCCCCAUCGAUGAAUAAAAUAAUGGUUUAAGAGUUAAAAUAAAUAAUGUAGAGUCGAAAGAAAAGUAAAUAUGUUACGAAACGAAUAAUUUAGUAUUUGAUGAAAUUUCGUACUCAAAACGAGGCCGAGGUUGUCAUGGCUGGAUGAUGUCUCCUCAGCUUCCUGCGUGCUUCAUAUCUUAAUUAACCCUUUAAAUCCCAUGAGUGACCAAGACAGAAUUUCUCCUUACAAUAUUAAUACAAAAUCAACCAGAUUAGUAGUGAAAAUCAAGGAAAAUGUUAAUUUGGGGAUAACUAGUUGAUCCAAUACUAUAUUCUCUGGGCUAACAUAUGAGAAUUGUAUGACUGAUGGUAAGGAGAAAUACAAAUUUGAUCUGGGAGUUAAAGGGGUUAACACAAACUGUUUACUGGUUAAGAUGCAGUCGCUGUUCGGUUGGCGCGACACAGAGAGGCUGUGUACCACUGGGGGCGCAGUUAGCGUUAGUUGUUUGUUGCGGACCAAUCUAUAGUAAAACAUACCCGUCACACCUAGUCGUUAUAUGGAGAGUAUCAAUUGCCUUACUUUUCUUUAACUUGAAGUUAUAUCCGUUCUUUACUGCUAGAAAAUUAGUGAAGUAAAACAAGCAGUAAAACAGGCAAUCAGAGAAGCACUUUGCUGUCCUUAGCGUUACCUCCUCCUCGGUUUGGUUUUGUAAGACUUUCAUUAAGUCACGAUUAUUAUUAGGGAACGCUCUUCAAAAUAUUAUUGAUUAAGCGGAAGAAAUAAGAAGUUCAGUAGAAUCGUUGUACGUCGAGCUUUUGUCAAUAGUCUUUUCAAAGAGUAAACGCUAGUGAGGGAAAUCUGAUGAAGGUAGAAUUGAAGAUCUGUGCGGCGAAUUUUGAUAAUUCCUUAACAUACGUCCAUUGAUUUUGGACCACCACUUAUAAAUUGUUUACUUCACUUCAGUAUUACGAUGUAACCGUUGCAAUUAAAGUAGAAUUUUGAAAAUUGCCCCAGAGCAUCACAAAAUUACCUGCCGUUUACACGAGAGCUUUCUUUAUACAAAAACACCUUUAUUAUCUCACCAACAAGACGUGGGAAGAAAGGAUAUAUAUUAUAUCAUAGGGUCACAUAGGCUAACUUUUCCCCGUUAUUGCUUAGUAUUGUCUGCAAUAAAGGGAGAAUAUUUCAUUUAAUCAUCGGCCCUUAAAUGACAUCUUAUCUUAAUAUACUGUUUAUUUUAUCAUUUAAAAAAGGUAUUAUUAAUCUAUUUGUUUGUCAAAGAAAUUAACUUUUAGUGCUAAUUUUUACUUAAAUUUAAAUUCACUGAUUGAGAUUAGAAACUUGUCGCAGCCCACCCAAACGCGCUAGUGGUUCGAUCGGCUGCAGUCACUAUUCGGAGGAAUUAAAAUUUCCAGGAUAAAACUCCUGCUCUGUAUUAAAGAAUUGAAUGAGUUGUUUGUUUUUCUAUCAGCAAUUUUCCCGUCCGAAAAUAAAACAAUGGAUCUAAAGUUAAUAUCUAAAUAUAUAUAUAUAUAUAUAAAUCCAUUUUCGAAAACGUUGCUAUUUGAAAAAAUAUAUUAAAUAGUCUGUGUAUAUAUUUUCUUUUCUCAUCACAAAGUGUCUCUUUUUGAUGAGCAAAGAAAAUAUAUAUUUCUUUGAUAUAUAUAUAUUCAGAUUUGAAAGGUUUUCAAAAACAGGUAUUUACAUAUAUUUAUAGAGCCGAAGGAAACGCAGUCAUGUAAACGAGGCCUAAAACAAGUCCGAAUCUGUCUUGACAAGCAGGUGUCUUCUUAACAACUUUUUCCUUCCUUAUUGUGCGAUAAAAAGCACGUGGCAGUUUUAGUGAGUUUGAAAUAUGGGUCAGGGUUGGUAAAGACGAAGCCUCUCCUAGAGCAAUUGUAAUUUUUUUAUCGACUGCUGAUAAGCCUUGAGCGCCCAUCCCUUCAUUUUCCAUCUCGAUUAAUAAAUUACCUUGUAACUAAUUGUCAUCACUAAAGGAGAGUCAUCAACUGUUUAAGAGAAUCGCUGGAACAAAAAUUGAAUAACUUUCCUUUUACAGUUGCAGAAAAUGGUUUGCUGGUGUGACAACUUGAUUUUGUUACUAUUUUGUUUUUAGUUCUAGUAGGAUACGAAACGGAGAGAAAAAAGGCUUCAAAGCGCAAUUAGAUACACAGUUAAUUUCAAAUAUUUUGAAACAAGUUUGUAUGUGUGGCCGUAUACAUUAAUUUUGAAUAGUUGUGUAGUCUACGUAGUGCAUUCGGUUAUUGUCACGAAUUCAAUUUUUCUCUUACAACAAUUGACAUCGCCAGCUUGAGCUUUUGCAUUUUUAGCUCUCCGUAGCUGAUAAUUCAAGUCUUAACUUCGCACGAAAGAUAUGGAUCCUUGAUUAGCAUCCUAUUAUAAUGGAAUUUGAUACUGAUAAAGAGUGACUCUUUACCGCAUUGUAAAAAACACUGAAAUAACAGAUGUUUCUAUAUUUGCCUUUAGUUGCUAUUUCAUAACUGAGGAACCCAAAGGUUCCCGAGGAAAAAAAUCUUUUUUUGACCCAAUGGAGAAUUUCCAGUUGCAUUUUAAAUGAGUAAGUCUUUAUGCGACUGUUAGGUAGAAAGUUAGGCUUCAGUAGUCAUUGCUGCCUUUUUUCGUUGCAAGAACAGAGACCCACAAGAAAAGGGAAAAGCCGACGACAGAAUUAUGUUGAUAUCAAAUUUCAGUAGCGGCAGAAGUCACACGAAAUCAUAUGAAGAACUGAUAUGCUCUCCCUCUUUGAUGGGUGGACAUCAACAACUAUCAAUUUGUUUCUUGGCAGUUUACAUUCUCCUCUCCAUCACAGCAUUUGCUGGGAAUUCUCUCAUCCUUUUUGCCCUUUAUAAAGAAUCUUCCCUACAUCCGCCGUCCAAACUCCUGUAUCGUUGUCUGGCAACCACUGAUCUGUUGGUUGGUCUUGUUGCCCAGCCUCUCUAUGCUACAUAUUGGAUGUCCGUGUUUCAAGAACAUUGGAGCCGUUGUCGAUACGCCAGGGAUGCAGGCUACGUCACAAGCUAUGUAUUGAUUUUAGUGUCUUUGAUGACGAUGACGGCCAUAAGCGUCGACAGACUUCUCGCCCUGUUGUUGGGGCUGAGAUACAAACAAAUUGUAACUUUGAAGCGCACGUAUAUCAUUGUAACUACCUUUUGGGUUUUUAACAUUGUCGCCUCUUUAUGCGGAAUUUUUUAUCCCAGUAUAAUCUAUUUGUACAGCUCCCUAGUUUCACCAUUUUGCCUGGUAAUAUCCUUCGCAUCGUACACAAAGAUUUUUUGGACUCUCAGAAAUCAUCAAGCACAAGUAGGAGAUCAACAACGGACGAGCCAAACAAAUGCACUGAACAUGGCACGAUUCAGAAAGGCAGUGGACAGUGCACUGUGGGUGCAGUUAGCAUUAGUUGUUUGUUAUGCGCCAAUGUAUACAGUGGAAAUUGUGGUCACUCGCACUAACAAAUACUCAUUACUCUUAGUCGUCGUACGGAAAGUAGCAAUUAUUUUACUUUACUUUAAUUCGACUUUGAACCCGUUCCUAUACUGCUGGAAGAUUAGUGAAGUGAGACAAGCAGUGAAGCGGACACUGAAAGAAGCUCUUUGCUAA